ACCAAUAAAGCCGAUCGAAACGGUGCAGGAGUUUACGCAACGACUUCAUCUAUACGAAUCUCAUCUCCUCAUCUCAAAAUAAAGCAAUGGUGCGUGGUGGUGGAUUGUACCUAGAACAUAACUCAAAGCUUAUUUUUAAAGCGUGCUCAACACGUAACUGUACUAAAGCCAAGUUAGAAUUAUCACACAACAAAGCUGAUUACGGGGGAGGAAUAUACGUAGAUGAUGACACCGCUAAUAGUAAUAUUUGUGAAUCUACAGAAAUUAUAAACAAUCCUAGAAAAGUGUGCUUUAUUCAGACCCAUUACAAAAGAUGGACCAACAAGAGUUCUAACUACAUCAACACAUUAUUCACUAACAAUACUGCAAUGGAGUCAGGAAAUGACCUCUACGGUGGUCUGCUGGACAGAUGCAUAGAACACCAAUCAUCUCCCGACAUUUCGAGUGGUUUAAAAUAUUUUCAGGACACUGUAUCAUCAACAAGACAAAGGAACAUGUCCAUAUCUUCUCGUCCAGUUCAAGUCAAAUUUUGUGAUCAUAAUGAAGAAACUCAUUCGCUCACUGUAUCCACAAGAAGAGGUCAAACUUUUGUAGUGAAUGUUCAGGCCAUUGACCAACUGGGAACACCAAUACAUGCAACUAUACACAGUACAGUAUCUAGCGGUCGCCUUGGUGAGAAACAGGCAGUUCGAGACAUUGCUCAGAAUUGAAGUACAAUGUUCUCUCCAAUGCCAGCUCAGUCCUAGUGGAACUCUAUUCUGAUGAUGUGAGGGGACUAGUGAGUGACUACAACCAUAGAUAUAAGAAGGGAGAGGGAUGGGAAAUGGAGCACGUGCGCACAAUCACUUCUGUGUAAUGCCAAAAGGUUGAUCCGCGUUGCGGCUCUAGACACCCUGCCAACCCAGCGGGAAAUGUUAUUACUAUCAUUCACAGCUCCCCACUGGGACUCUUAGUACUGUGCUGAGCAUCCACACCUACUGUGCAUCAUAUAGAAGCGUUGUGUAUCUCACCAAGAGCUUGGAAACUUUCAAAGGCAGUUUUUUGAGUGUUGUAUUAUCGUUUCGGCUCUAUCUAGUGGCUUUGUGUACCUUCUACAAGGAGAGGCUGUGACUACAGUCCAAAAUAUUAAUGAUUCCCUCUUUCUUAAGUAGCUGGGCAUUGUAUGCAAGUAAUCAAAGCCACUUGGCUUUAGGUUGGUAAGUAAUGUUCAUUUUUGUCUUAGUAAGCUGGUUUUUAAAAGCAGACUUUUUGUGUACCCAUUUAGAAAGUUACAUCAAUGAUUGAAUGUAGGUAAAUGUCUCUUUGUAUUCAUUGAUAGUUGGUUCAUCGUAUCGGCACAGUAAUUUACGACAGAACUUUGCUACAUUUCUAUAAUUCUCUAUCAUGUCUGUGACUGUACUGGAAUACUCAACGGUACAGACAGAGCCCCUCUCAAGAAUUUGCCUGUCCAAGCUGCUUUUUACUGCUUGGAGGGUCUCACUAACUAUUGCUGCUACCUUGUUGUGACGAUCGUCAAUGCCCUUUACAUUGCGUUACCCAUCCCUCUCCCUUCUUAUAUCUAUGCUACAACACACUCCUCUGUCAAGCACUCUCUGGGGUCAACACUCUAACUGUCUAGGAACACUAUAGCCUCUACUAGUACACUAUUGGACACUCUGAUUGCUGUCAUUAUUGCUCCUUGUUGUGGCUAUCUGUGUGAUGUAGUUUACAACUAUUAUUGCACAGUUGCAAGAAUGAGAGGGGUGGGGCUCAGCUCAAUCAUUACAUUAUAGCUGCAUCGCAUACACAUUCAUAAAGAUGUCUAAGAUGAUAGCUAUAACCAACCUCCUGCUGCUGGGCGUACUGACAAUGGUGGCUGGACAGGCUCCAGGAGAUGAACAAGAAUUCUGUACAGUAUCUGUACCUGCCUUUGGACAGAACAUUGUGGAGGACCCUCCUAAUGGAAGGAUUCUAAUGGACUCCAGUCACUAUAACAGGUUGCUCCUAGAUCUACCAAACUCUAAUCCAGUGUGGCAGGCAGUGGACCUUGAUGAUAACAACCCUGUUGGACUGCAAUCAUCUUGGACAGAACAAGGAAGUAACUGUGUGUCUGCUGUCACUGUUUGCGGCUGGUCAGGUGGGGCCCAGAACAACUGGCUCUUCACACAGCACAUCAACAGAACAGUGAAUGGAUAUCCCCUACAGCAAGUCUCUGUACAGAUCAAAUACCAGCAGAACACUUGCCCUGAUGAAGGCAGCACAAGAUGCAGGAGAACAUUUGACGUUUGGAAAUAUGAGACCUCUACAGUAAACCCAGUGGCUGCUAUAGACACUGGUAAUUAUGCACUUAUACGAACCUUGACAACUCAGGUCUCUGGAACUACCACAAAAACCACUGAACAGUUUGGAUUCAAUACCAAUGAGACUGGGUUCUACCUCGCUAUUCGAGAUCUUGGCACUUGUAUGCUCAUAUCUCGACUGAUUGUCUUCUAUAACACUUGUCCUAGUGAAAUAGUCAACUUGGUGGUGCGCCCUGAGACAAUAGCUCCAACAGUGGGGUCUGGCAUACAACUCAACGUUAAUGUCUCCUGCUUCGCUAACUCUAGCCCAGUAGGUGAUGCUUUCUCACUCACGUGUUUGGAGAGUGGUAACUGGGUUGCUGUACCCUCCAGUAGGUGUGUCUGCAAUACUGGGUUUGUUCCCACCAUGAACGGAGAAAACUGUUUGUCUUGUUACCCUGGGUUCUAUGCCAGUGUGGCUAAUGGGGAGUGUCUAACAUGCCCUAGCAACAGCAACAGCACAGCCUCAGGCCUGGCAGAGUGUCCCUUGUGGCUACUACAGAACACCACAAGAGGUGGACCUUCCCUGCACACUUCCCCCGUCCCCUCCACUCAACGUGAGGGUGGUGGAUAUGUCCAGUACCACACUAACACUAGCCUGGGAGGAGCCAGUGUCCACUGGUGGUAGGGGGAGGGAUGAGCUACAAUACAACCUCUGGUUUAGUGUUGCUGGGGAGACUAGCAUCACACUAUCUAGUACUGUCACCACCACCAUGGGAGUGAUUGGAGGACUAACUCCAGUUACUGUGUAUACAGUGUUUGUAACAUCAGAGACGAACAUAACAGAUCAGAUCCCCGUGGAGGAGGUGUUCAUUCUAGCCAGAGGAGAUGCACUUGUUCAAACUACUGAUGGGAUUGCAAAUGAACUGAUAGUGGGAGUGACUGUAUCUGUUGUGGCUGUAGUGAUUGCUGCAAUAGCUGUCAUAAGUGUUGUCAUCUGCAUUGCCUGUGUGUAUUACAAGAAGCGUGUGAGGAAUAUAGAGAUUGAGCUCAAGGAAGUGCAGAAGGUGCAACCUAAUCCCUCGUACAGAGGAGCCACUCAAGGAGCCACUCAACCUAAUCCCUCGUACGGAGGAGCCACUCAACCUAAUCCCUCGUACGGAGGAGCCACUCAACCUAAUCCCUCGUAUGGAGGAACUACUCAAUCUAAUCCCUCGUACAGACAAGCUACUCAACCAAAUGAUUCAAAUUUGGAUGGAGAAUAUGAAUCAAUUAGAGACUAUGAAGUUGUUUAUGACGUUAUUGUUUGAGUUGAGUUUCUUUGUACUGUAUAAUUUUAUAGCUGUAAUUGGCCUCUUAGUUAUGUGCAUCCUCAUCAUGCCU